AGGCAGUUGGGCCCAAUUCCGUCAUUAACCCAAAACCAAAUAAAAAAAAAAAGGGUCAAUUAUUAAUCUCGUCACAAACAUUUUGACUUUUCCCACCGGUCGCAGUUGCUCUGUCCAUUAUUUUUCUUUUCCGCACCACCACAUCUCCUCCCGUCGCGACGGCCUUUCUUUCCCCACACAAGCUCACAACACUAUUUUCCGGCAACUAUCACCAACAAACGAAGCCAACGAAUCAGCCGUCCCUCUUUCCUUCCCCGUUUCCUGCCCAAUCGGGUUCUGUUUCUCCAAUCUCCUACCACCCUAAUUUGGACUGAAAAUUCUAAGAAAUAGGUUGCUCAUCUAUCCUGGACGUAUGGGUGAACAAACCCAAUCUCAAUCGCCUUCUCCCUCAUCUCAAUUCAUUUCUGAUUCUUCCCCAGUUCCCCUCCCGCCUUCUCCUUCUUCUGUAACUGGCUCCUCUCUCGAUGCUAAUGUUUUGCAGAAAUCUACCAACCCAUCCAAAAUCCCAAUUCGUCCUCAGAAGAUUAGAAAACUUUCCACAAACCCUACUUCCACCGUCACCACUGACUCCGUUGUCCCAGCUCCCGCCGUCUCCGACCCUAAUUCGCAACAAAUCAAUGGCUCUUCCUCCUCCUCCCCUACUCUUCCUAUUCCGGCCUCCGUUUCCCCCGCCACCACGACGACUACCAGUAUCGUGAAUUCGACCUCCGGGGGUUCCGCGAACAAGAAUAAUCGGAGGCGAAGUGCUAUCCAAGCAGCCAGGGUUGUGCCCCGAAUCAUCAAACCCCUUUCGGCCGAUGGAGAGAUUGACGCUGCUAUCCACCACCUCAGGAUGGCGGACCCUUUACUCGGCGCUCUGAUUGAAACCUGUCCUCCGCCGGCAUUAGAGUCCCAUCACUCCCCGUUUCUUUCUCUCGCCAAGAGCAUUCUUUAUCAGCAACUAGCUUACAAAGCUGGCACUUCCAUCUACAACCGCUUUGUGGCUCUUUGUGGUGGCGAAGCUGCGGUUAUCCCUGAUAAUGUGCUCGCUCUUUCUGCUCAGCAACUCAAACAAGUGGGAAUCUCCGGUAGAAAAGCCAGCUAUCUUUAUGACCUGGCAAACAAGUACAAAUCUGGGAUUUUGUCUGAUGAAACUGUGGUUAAAAUGGAUGACAGGUCAUUGUUUACAAUGCUAUCUAUGGUUAAGGGUAUUGGGUCGUGGUCUGUUCACAUGUUCAUGAUCUUUUCCCUGCAUAGGCCGGAUGUUUUGCCUGUUAGUGAUUUGGGGGUGAGGAAAGGUGUGCAAUUGUUAUAUGGAUUAGACGACUUGCCAAGGCCCUCUCAGAUGGAGCAAUUGUGUGAGAAAUGGAAGCCCUAUAGGUCAGUGGGUGCAUGGUACAUGUGGCGGUUUGUAGAGGGGAAGGGAUCCCAGAAUCUUGGCGCAGCCCCCACUAUUGAUGCUACGAAUGUGCAGCCCUUGCAGCAAGUCGAGCCACAGCCCGAUGAGCAACAGCAACACCAAUUACAGCUUUUGGAACCAAUCAACGGCAUGGGGAAUCUAGGGAACUUUUUCACUUGUUCGUGAUUGACUAGGCUUGCAUUUGGGCCAGUGAUGAGGAUGAGAACAACCAGUAUGUGAAUUGUUGUUACGGUUGCUAGUUAGAGAAUCCGGGAAUCCGGGAUGAGGAAGGAAAGCGUACUCUACUAAUGAGCCGAUGCACACGGCUCCUUCCAUUCUCUGUCGUCGUGGCCACCUAAUUGUGGUAUAGUUUCAAGUAAGGCUUUUCGUGAGUAAUGUGUUUAGAGAUUGAAUUGCAAAUUGUGCUCUUAGGGAUUCUUCUUCCCUUCGUCUUCCCUCCCCUUUCCGGGGUUAAGAGUUAGAGUAGGAUAGAUUGUCAGGGAGAAACACUUGUAAAAGGAGGUAAUUUGUAGUGAUAUUCGUUAACUGUUUGCGAUCAAGGUGGAAUGUCAAUGAGUUCUCUAAAGAGAUUGGCAGCUUGAUGGAUUCUGAUGGUUAAAUAUGUCACUUCUCUGAUGAUAUUGGGUAUCAACAUUCUUUGCAUUACUUUUGGAUGAGGUCAAGCACAAAUAUGGGUGUUCUUGUUGCAAUGAAUGCCUUUAGGGAGUAGAUUGGGGAGGUAAGAUUAAAACGAAAAAAUGGAGAAGGGAAUCCUUUUGCGUUGGGUUUCCUCGAACGUAAAACGUAUGCCUGUCGUAGUGAUCUGACAUUGAAGUACUCCCUCCGGUCCUGUCCUUAAUAUAGGGCAGAAUGAUUUGUCUUAAAUUUAAUUUAUUAUGCAUUUUUAAUUGAAAUUUUUUUAAAAAAAAUAUUUCAUAAUAAUCUAG